AUGACAGAUUUCUUGGAAUUUGAAGAAUCAGAGAUAGUAUUUUCCAAAGAUUUCUCAUCAUCUGAUGAUCAAAACACUUGUAAUGAUUCUGAUACAAACUCAAGAACCCUAAUUCGUCGCAGUAAGAUGCCCAAAUGGAAGAAAGAAUCAUACUCUGUUCCUGUAAACAUCCCUGCAACUAAUUCUAAUUCUUCAUCUCCUUCAUCUUUUCGUUAUGAUGAUGGGAUUGAUUUUGAUGGUCAUUUUUCUGAUGAUGAGAUUGUUCCUCCUCAUGUAAUUGUUGAUCGAAGAUCUAUGGAUUUUAACACUUAUGAAGAGAAAUCCAGUGGGAAUCGUCGUAAGAAAUUGAUUUAUGUUCGGAAUUCUAUUCUUAAAUUAACUGGUUUUCUUGAAUCUUAA